GUGACGCGCCGCCGGAGGCAGGCCGGGCCCUCAAGAUGGCGGCGUGCGCCCUGAGCGGCUCGGCCCGGCAGUAGUGGCGGGACCGCACUCGCCGCUGGGGCCGCCCGCCCCCUGAGUGGCUGUUACAGCGCCGGGAGUCGAGGAUGGUAAAAUGACCCAGGGGAAGAAAAAGAAACGGGCCGCGAACCGCAGUAUCAUGCUGGCCAAAAAGAUCAUCAUUAAGGACGGAGGCACGCCUCAAGGAAUAGGCUCCCCUAGUGUUUAUCAUGCGGUGAUUGUCAUCUUUUUGGAGUUUUUUGCUUGGGGACUACUGACAGCACCCACAUUGGUGGUAUUGCAUGAAACCUUCCCUAAACACACAUUUCUGAUGAAUGGCUUAAUUCAAGGAGUAAAGGGUUUGUUGUCAUUCCUCAGUGCCCCGCUAAUUGGUGCUCUUUCUGAUGUUUGGGGCCGGAAAUCAUUCUUGCUGCUAACAGUGUUUUUCACAUGUGCUCCCAUUCCUCUGAUGAAGAUCAGCCCAUGGUGGUACUUUGCUGUUAUCUCUGUCUCUGGGGUUUUUGCAGUGACGUUCUCUGUGGUAUUUGCAUAUGUAGCAGAUAUAACUCAAGAGCAUGAAAGAAGCAUGGCUUAUGGGCUGGUUUCAGCAACAUUUGCUGCCAGCUUGGUCACCAGCCCUGCAAUUGGAGCUUACCUUGGACGAGUGUAUGGGGACAGCUUGGUGGUGGUCCUUGCCACAGCAAUUGCUCUGCUAGACAUCUGUUUUAUCCUUGUUGCUGUGCCAGAGUCAUUGCCUGAGAAGAUGCGGCCAGCAUCAUGGGGAGCUCCCAUUUCCUGGGAGCAGGCUGACCCCUUUGCAUCUUUAAAAAAAGUGGGCCAAGAUUCCAUCGUGCUGCUGAUCUGUAUCACGGUGUUCCUCUCCUACCUACCAGAGGCGGGCCAGUACUCCAGCUUCUUCUUAUACCUCAGACAGAUAAUGAAAUUUUCUCCAGAAAGUGUGGCGGCCUUUAUAGCCGUCCUUGGCAUUCUGUCCAUCAUUGCACAGACCAUAGUCUUGAGUUUACUCAUGAGGUCAAUUGGAAAUAAGAACACCAUCUUAUUGGGUCUGGGAUUUCAAAUAUUGCAGCUGGCAUGGUAUGGCUUUGGUUCAGAACCUUGGAUGAUGUGGGCUGCUGGGGCAGUAGCAGCCAUGUCUAGCAUUACUUUUCCAGCUGUUAGUGCUCUUGUUUCACGAACUGCUGAUGCUGACCAACAGGGUGUUGUUCAAGGAAUGAUAACGGGAAUCCGAGGAUUGUGCAAUGGUCUGGGACCAGCCCUUUAUGGGUUCAUUUUCUACAUUUUCCAUGUAGAACUUAAAGAACUGCCAAUCACAGGAACAGACCUGGGGACAAACACAAGCCCUCAGCAUCACUUUGAACAGAAUUCCAUCAUCCCUGGCCCCCCCUUCCUCUUUGGAGCCUGUUCAGUACUGCUGGCUCUGCUCGUUGCCUUGUUUAUUCCAGAACAUACUAAUUUAAGUUUAAGGUCCAGCAGUUGGAGAAAGCACUGUGGUAGUCACAGCCAUCCUCACAGUACACAAGCGCCAGGGGAGGCCAAAGAACCUUUGCUCCAGGACACAAAUGUGUGAUGACCGAAUCAGGAGGACUUCUUUCAGCACCCAGGUCUUAGUUUUCGCCUGUAGUUCUGGAUGUACAUUCCAUUUGCAUCUACAAAGUACUUUAAGAUUGUCUUAGGAAAUAUCUGCAUGAACUCCGUGGGAACUAAAGAAAGAACUGGACAGUUUUCCAAAGAUGUUACAAUUUCUUUCUAAAAGAAACCUUUUGUUUAUUACCACCACUCUCUUGCCACUGAACUGUUUGAUCACACAUCUUUAAUUAAAGCUAUAUAUGUAACUCCGCUGUCAGCACGUCUCUGCUGCCAUUUCCUCAGCUGUUGAGCCUUUACCUGCAAGCGCUGACUCAGUGACACAGUAGGCAGGAUGGUCACGGACCUGUUCGCUUUAACGUUGUAAAAGCCCGAGUCAGAUCUUAACAUUGUAAAAUCUUGGGCCAAAUAAUUCAAAGCCUUAAUGCAGAUGCACUAGAAUAAAGAAAUGGUAAAGAAUUGUUUGCAUUUAAAACAACAAAAACUUGUGAAAAUUGUAGAAAAUCAGAAUCAUGUUUUGAGCUUGUUUGCCAUCAUUUUAUUUAAGACAUUCACCACUGUUUUGAAGUAUGAAGAUACCAGCCACUUAGAAUUUAAGUUGGGCCUAUACAGAGCCUAUACAGCUGUGUUCUGGCUCCAUUUGUUAAAAUUCUCUGCUUCUUAUACCACUAUUCCUUUGAUGUUGCAUAAUCAUAAGGACCUCAACACUUGAAUACAUAAUCUAAAAACUAUAUAGUAAAGCUGGUAGCCUUGAAAAUGUCAAUGUGAUAUCUAUAUGUAGAUAAAUAUAUAUAGUGGCCUUUCAGGACUGUCACAGUAACACUUUAUUUACAGAGCUAAUGUUUGUCCUAAAUUUUCAGGACCCUAGAAGAGAGCUUUAUACAAUUACUGAUGUGAAUUUCUCUAAAGUGUAUAUUUUUGUGUCCAGUUAUAUUAUUUAAAAAGUGUUACUUUGUAAAAAUUGUACAUAAAGUAUUGUAUAGUUUACACUGUUUUCAUCUUGUGUGUGGUUACUGCCUAAUGCUUUUUAAACUUGGAGCAUUCACUACGAUUAAAUAAGGUCUCAAAAUGUAAAUAUUCUGUUAAUAAAAUUAAAUAUUUUAAUGAUUUUUUUCUUUUUAAAAAAGUCUUGAUCUGUGAGUCCCUGUGAGGCUUGUUUGGGCUUUGUUACCAUAAGCAUUUUUAUAGUAACAAAUCUUACCUUAUCUUACCUUCUCUGUAGUCCAUUUGCUUGCCCUCACUUUACCAAAACAAAAAAAGAAAAAACCCUGAGGCUAAAAAUGCAAAGUUUGCAAGUGAACUGGAAGUAGUUGAUUACCUAAGCACAGACUCUGCAGGGC